CUUACACAACAGAGUUAGUUGAAGCACUUCACUACUUACAGAACUUCACUACUUAAAGAACAGAGUUAGUUGAAGAAUUAACAAUGAAGAAGGGAAACAUUUUCAGAAACAUUUGCUGUGGCAAAGGGACUUCAAGUAGUCACGCGGACCGCUGUUUGACAGCAGAUAAAACUGUGGUCACAAAUGACAAGAAAAAUUCCGAGAGCUCUGAGGUGAUAGUAAUAGACAUAUUGUCAGGCAACACAUGUCGCUACCUCAUGAAGGAUGUCAUCAGGGAAGGGUGCUUUGGCAAAGUCGCCAAGGCUGUGAAAUUAAAGACAUCAGAGCCCGUGGCCCUCAAGAUCCUAAAAACUGAGGCUGCCGCUAAAAGAGAGAUCCAAAUGCUCGAAGUAGUGAGCGUUCUUGACCCAGUCAAGAAGAACGUGGUUCAGUUCUUGGAGAAGUUUCAGCACAGAGGACAUACCUGUCUAGUGUUUGAAAUGCUGGACAGGAGUCUUCAUCAACUGCUCGUAGAACUAAAUAGGCCACUGUCUCUCAGUGAGAUACGACCAGUAACGCACCAGUUGCUGAUGGCCUUUGACGCUCUGAAGGGCAUUGGCGUCGUUCACGCCAACCUGAAGCCAGACAAUAUUAUGCUGGUGAACCACCCGGCUGAGCCCUUCCGGGUAAAACUUGUAGAUUUUGGCGUGUCCUUCAACACCUCAGAAGAGAGACAAGGGAUGAUAAUUCAGCCUCUGGGUUGCAGGGCACCUGAAGUCUUCCUGGGUCUACCCGUGUCCGAGGCCAUAGACAUGUGGGGUCUUGGUUGUGUGCUUGGGUUCGUGUACCUCAGAAAAAAGCUGUUUGCGUCACACUGCGUGUACCAGUCAAUUAGAGGCAUCGUAGACAUUCUGGGCCAGCCAGCUGACCACCUCCUGAGUGCUGGGAAACACACCCACACAUUUUUUAAGGCGAACCAGCACUGGGACAAACCAAGAUGGUGGAUGAAGACCCCGAGGGAAUACCAGAUUGGCACUGGCAUUGAGCCCAAAAGAUGGCACAUGCGUUUAAGAAACCUGGAUGACCUGAUUACACACGACCCAAGGACGCAGGAAAACAUUGAGCUGGAGGAUCAAAGGGCAUUUGUCAAUCUCCUGAAAUGCCUGCUAAAUACAGAUGCAGAGAAGAGGAUCACUCCGGGGAAGGCUCUCACUCACCCCUUUGUCACAAUGGCCCAUCUGGUGGAUGAAGUAGAGAUCAGCUUAUAUGCCAAGAAUUCUUCAAAAGAAAUGGCGGUCGUACCAACGGACAACUUCGAUGAGGACCUAUCUCCUAAUGGUGAGGCUGAAGGAGAGCCCAAUGAUGAAGAGCCUUCAGCCACAGCUCAUUUCAAUGACGCAGCUGUUCCUCGCUCCUGUGACAGCAUGCCUCGCUCAUCUGAUGGAGCAGAGGCUGCUGCAGAGAUAGAGGAUAUAUUUUUACAGCUUUAG